GGAGAGGAAGCACAGUGUCAACAGUCAGCGCCCAAAAGAGAAUCAGAAUCUGUUUUGGUCAGUGGAAAAGAAAUUCGACUACUUUCCAAGCUUUUUCCAAAUUUGUCUUACGAUUAGUUAUUUCUAGGAAAUUGAAUUUUAGUGUGGUGUCGUGUGGCAAGUCCAUGAGAUUGUAAUUGGAAACGACUUCAUUUUGGGAGCAAGCAGCCAUGACUUCCAGCUCAGGAGAGUCUUCUUCUCUUCUUCCUUUGGACUGGAAAUUCUCGCAGGUCUUUGGCGAAAGAGUUCCCGGCGAAGACGUUCAAGAUGUUGAUGUUAUAUCUGCAAUUGAAUUCGACAAGAGCGGUGAUUUCCUUGCGGUUGGAGAUCGAGGAGGUCGUGUUGUGAUUUUUGAAAGAAAAGACAGGAAAAAGGUGAGGAUUUUUAUCAGUUUAGUUGAGAUUGAGGAGAAGAUUAACAGAAUAAAAUGGUGUACAACACCCAAUGGAUCUUUAUUUAUCCUUUCAACAAAUGAUAAGACAAUUAAGUUAUGGAAGGUUAAGGAACAUAAGUGUAAGAAAGUAAAAGAAACAGACGCCGAUUCAGUUGUUUAUUCAGAAAGUGCUCUUUUGGCUGAAAAAAGUUUCUCAAGUGAGCUACAAAAACCAUCUACUGUUAAUGGCCGUCAUCUGGAGUGGACAGGGGACAUAGUGAAGAACAUCUCACCAUUUCAAGAGGGGCACACCAAGAUUGCUCAUGCGGAAGACACAACUCGUGCAAGUUGUCGAAAGGUUUAUGCUCAUGCGCACGAUUUUAAUAUCAACUCUAUCUCUAAUAAUAGUGAUGGUGAGACAUUUAUUUCUGCAGACGACCUUCGAAUAAAUUUAUGGAACCUUGAGAUCAGCAAUCAGUGUUUCAAUAUCAUUGACAUGAAACCUGCAAACAUGGAGGAUCUUACCGAGGUCAUAACAUCAGCUGAAUUCCAUCCAAUCUACUGUAAUAUGCUUGCAUACAGCAGCUCAAGAGGUUUUAUUCGCCUAGUUGACAUGCGGCAGUCAGCACUAUGCGAUCAGAGUGCAAUGAUCUUACAAGAUGCGGACUGCCAUGAGCCAAAAUCGUUCUUUACAGAGAUCAUCGCAUCCAUCUCUGAUAUGAAAUUCACAAAUGAUGGACAGCACAUCUUAAGCCGUGACUACUUGAAUUUAAAGCUGUGGGAUAUGCGUAAAAAUGCUUUGCCGGUUGCGAUAUUCAAGAUUCAUGAGCACUUACAACCUAAGUUAUGUGAUUUAUAUAAUAAUGACUCCAUAUUUGAUAAAUUUGAGUGCUGCAUCAGUGGAGAUGGACUUCAUUUUGCAACUGGAUCUUACAGCAAUCUUUUACGUAUAUUCUCCUAUGGCGUUGGAAGUGAAGAAGGCGUUACAGUUGAAGCUAAUAAAGAUCCAAGCAGGAAAGCACUUCUCUAUUCAACUUCAAGGGCUAGAAGAUCGUCCUUGAGCAACCUAACACGUGGAUUUUACCGGCAUGGACAUGAAAAUUCAAUUAAUGAAUUUUCCUGCGACUUAAGCUCCAAACUGCUGCACCUGGCAUGGCAUCCAACAUCGAACUUGAUAGCCUGUGCUUCUGGAAAUAGCUUGUACAUGUAUUAUGCAUAGUUUCACGAACAGGUUUGAUUGCUGCUCAAAACUAUCUGAAGGCUCCAGAUUUCGCUCAGUGCUGUUCCCACAGAUUGAAAGGUUGAACGAGAAGCAAAAAGCAAAUGAAGCCAAUCAUUAGUUGUUGUUGCUGUAGUGUCAUCCAUGGAAGUUCUGUAAUUUACAUAAUUUGUCUUAAUUCAAAUCCUACUUAGGAUAGCUUCAGAAGAAGCCACUUUUCUCCAACUUGUUAUGAGUUGGUCUGUCUUGUGUAAAUAUACGAUCGCGUAAUAAUUUUCGUCUUUCUUUCUAUUCC